UAUUUAUUUAUAUUUUAUAUUUUACAUAAUUUUUGUAUGAUCAGAUAGAUUCAUGGAACAACUUUCUAUUUCUAAUCCAUCGUUUAUGUUUAAAAUUUAGUAAUCUCUGGGUACAAAUGACGAAUUUUUUUUAUUUGAAUUUAAUACUUUAAUAAGUAUAUAAAUAUAUUGAUUUAAAUAUGGAAUUCUCAACUUUGGAUCUUAGCUGGUUGCCACCAGACGCUGACGAGCAACUUGCCCUUGGAUUUAGAGUGGUUUCCAAUGCAUAUAAAACGAGAGUUUCAGGACUAGAGUCUGAAAUUAGGUCUUUAAAAUCUGCGCUUUCCGAGAAGUCAGAUCAUUUGAACGCUUUGCAAAAUAAAUAUAACGGUUUGGAGGAACAGUUGGUACAAGUGAAUCAGAGGGGAAACCAACUUUUUGAGGAAAACAAAAACCUUUUAAACACUGUAAAGAAGUUGCAAAAGGACCUAGAUCGCUUAGAGAAUCUAAAGAAAGUUGUUUUGUCUUCCUUUCAAGAUGAAAUGAAGGAUUUUGAUGGAGGAACUAAUCGUUAUUACAGUGAUGAUAUGCCAAGUGCCUUGCCACCAAACCCCGUUGCAGACUUAAAUACCAAUGAUGGAGCUGAUGGGUUUUUAAAAGGUCUUAAUUUCACAGGUGCUUCGAGACCUUCACAAGGAAAUCCUCCUUCUGUAAGUUAUAGAAACACAGUUGAUGGUAGACAAUUUUUUAAAAAUGCUAAAACUUUAUUAAGUCCUGAGGAUUUUUCUAACUUCCUCUCAACUAUAAAGAAAUUUAAUGCUCAAAUUAUGACUAGAGAGGAGACCCUUUCUCAUGCUAGGCAAGUCUUUGGAGAUCAUUCUAAAGCCUUCGAAGAGUUCAAACAAUUGCUAAAUCCACGGACCUAGUCUUUAAUAAGCGUUAUUUAAAUAAACUGUAAUUAAUAUUUUAUAUUAUUA